UCGCGGAGAGCUUAGAAGUGUAGCUUGUAGUAACUUGUUUCACCGCUGGGUAAACGGGACCGCUCGGAUGCGCAGUGGUCCAGUGAAUUAAAUUGAUGGUCCUGAGGUCUGAAUCGCGUAUUACUGUAAGGACAACGGCUUGGCAGUAUAUGUCGUCUCUUCUCUUUAGUCAGAGUGGAGACGUUUUGAAUGGUAAUUGACUAUUCUAAAAUAUUUCAAGAACAUUUUUUUCCUUUUCUAGACAGGAGUCUGCAUCCAAAUCAGAUACCAUUUUCUGAUGGACUAUUAAUGCCAGCCAAUAUAAUGCGUUUUGGCAGGUAGAGAAAAUUGCAUUUAGUUCCUUUUGAAGAGCCAUGGCGGUCCAUGCCCUUACUGGAUUUUCGGUGGUCAGCUUGUUGAGUUUUGGUUACCUGUCCUGGAACUGGACAAACCCCAACCAGGUGGAGUACGAGCCAGUGUUGGACGGCAAGGACAAAGGGUCUCCGUUGACUCCCCGAAAACCCCCUCACAUUAUUUUUAUUCUGACCGACGAUCAGGGGUUUCAUGACGUCGGCUACCACGGUUCUGACAUCCGAACGCCGACGCUGGACAAGCUCGCGGCAGAGGGCGUGAAGCUGGAGAAUUACUACAUCCAGCCGAUCUGCACGCCCUCGCGCAGUCAGCUGAUCACAGGCAGGUACCAGAUCCACACGGGACUGCAGCACUCCAUAAUCCGCCCCCGGCAGCCCAACUGCCUGCCCCUGGACCAGGUGACCCUGCCCCAAAAACUGCAGGAGGCGGGCUACGCCACCCACAUGGUGGGCAAGUGGCACCUGGGCUUCUACAAGCGGGAGUGCCUGCCCACGCGGCGCGGGUUCGACACCUACUUCGGCUCCCUGACGGGCAGCGUGGACUACUACACCUACGACUCGUGCGACGGGCCGGGCAUGUGCGGCUACGACCUGCACGAGGGGGAGGGCGUGGCCUGGGGCCGGGGGGGCAAGUACUCCACCCACCUCUACACCCAGCGGGUGCGCAAGAUCCUGGCCGCCCACGAUCCCCGCCGGCCCGUCUUCAUCUUCCUGUCCUUCCAGGCGGUGCACACGCCCCUGCAGUCCCCGAAGGAGUACCUGCACCAGUACCGGGACGUUGUGAACGUGGCCCGCCGCAGGUACGCCGCCAUGGUGUCCGCGGUGGACGAGGCGGUGCGCAACGUCACCUACGCCCUGCGCAAGUACGGCUUCUACCGGGACAGCGUCCUCGUCUUCUCCACCGACAACGGCGGCCAGCCCUUCGCCGGCGGGAGCAACUGGCCCCUGCGGGGGCGCAAGGGCACGUACUGGGAGGGGGGCAUCCGCGGGGUGGGGUUCGUCCACAGCCCCCUGCUCCGGCGGCGGCGGAGGGUGAGCCGAGCGCUGGUGCACAUCACCGACUGGUACCCGACGCUGGUGGCGCUGGCCGGGGGCAACGUGUCGGCCAGCGACGGGCUGGACGGGUACGACGUGUGGCCGGCGCUCAGCGAGGGCAAGGAGUCGCCGCGGCGGGAGAUCCUGCACAACAUCGACCCGCUCUACAACCACGCCAAGCACGGGUCGUGGCAGGACGGCUUCCGCCUGUGGAACACGGCGGUGCAGGCGUCCAUCCGCUCCGGCGACUGGAAGCUGCUGACGGGCGACCCGGGCUGCGGCGACUGGAUCCCGCCGCAGACGCUGGCGGGGUUCCCCGGGAGCUGGUGGGACCUGGAGCGCCGCACGCAGGCCGCACGCAAGUCCGUCUGGCUCUUCAACAUCACCGGCGACCCCUACGAGCGCUACGACCAGGCCGACCAGCGGCCCGACGUGGUGCGGGAGCUGCUGGCCCGCCUGGCCCACUACAACCGCACCGCCAUCCCCGUCCGGUACCCGGCGGAGGACCCCCGGGCCAACCCCGAACUGAACGGGGGCGCGUGGGGCCCCUGGGCGGGGGACGACGAGGAGGACGACUGGGACAGGUUCCACGACAAGAAGGGAAAGGCCAAGAGGAAGUGCAAGCGCUGCAAACUGAGGUCCUUCCACCGCAAACUCAACUCCGGGUUCAUGUCCAACAGAAUAUAGCCUGGCAGCGUUUGGCACAAGCUCAGGCCCUGUCCAGCCCUGGUCCUGGAUGGCCGAACGGUGUGUUGCUGGUUUUUACUUUCACCCAUAAUGACCCGCCAGUUCAGAACCAAGAGAACCAGGCGGGGCGAGUCAACUGUGUAAUCAACUGCUUUAACUGACCCGUUAAAUGGUGAGUAACUGGUGCGAAAACCAGUUUAAAGCCAGUGCGCCAUCCAGCCCUCCAAGGCCAGGGCUGGGCAGCCCUGCACCAGGCCUCCCUCUAACUGCCCGACUUCUAACGAGCGACUUAAAGCACCGAACUGGGCUCUCAGAACGCAACCAGAACUUAAACACGAGCCGUUUUUUCCCCCGGUGCCGGCUGAGUGAUCUUUACGGGUGGUUUUAUCGUGGGAGGUGCACUUAUUUCCACUGUUUACUUCACAACCCGGUCGCCUUUAUUUGUAGAUUGUGUACUCGGCUAGUCACGCCCGACCGACUUUACUGUCCGUCGGAGACAAAGAAAUGGGAUGUUUUGCUCUUGAGUGUCUUUAGCUGAGCGGCCAUUUGAACAUUGUGUUUUGUUUUUAUUGAUGUGUAAGCUAACAGAGUGUAAGAUUUAAUGUCCCGGAGGCAGUCAUUGUGGGGACUCUUUCUAGGCUCUUUCUUGAAUACCCCAAAAUGAAGGAACAACAAACAAGUUCCCCCUGCUUUCGGACACAGGGCACAAAGCUGGUAACUUUUCCGACUUGUGUGAUGCCUUUCGCCCAUUGCUGCGACUGUUUAUCCGAGUCCUGUCUUGACGCGUUGAGUUAUGAGCCAUUUGAAUCGCAAUCCCGCGCUGUGUACACAGGAAAGGUGAACACCAGGAAUGCGUGUUUUAGCGACGUCACAACCGGAAUAUAUGCCUUGAACAUCUUGGCUCUUGUGAUCUCGACAGGGUGGUAUUUGUGGACCAAAGCGCUUUCAGCAUUGUGCAGACCUGAUCUGAGACGUUUUGUACAAGGUUAAAAUGAUGUUGAAAAUAUUGUGUAAGAAGCCACAUAACAUUACAUUCCAAUCUCUUAACAUACGCUCUUAUCCAAAAGCGGACGGAGGACAUCAAUGUUAGUCACAAGAAGUGUGAUAUCACCAAGAAGACAUACGAAGGCCCAUCUAUAAUCAAUAAGUGUAAAGUUUUUUUUUUAAGUAUAUUAUUUUAUGGCCUUUUCAGCUUUAUUGGACAGGAUAAUGUAGAGAGACAGGGAGAAUGGGGAAUGAGAGAGAGGGAGAGAGACAUGCGACAAGAGUUGUGCAACCUGCUGACGUCGCAGUUUGCAGUGAGUGUAUGGAGAGUGCUCUACAGGCUAUGCCACGAGACCCCCCCCCCCAAUAAGUGUACUGUUAACCUUAACACAGCUAUGCCUAUAGCAUUAUUAUCCCAAAAGAAAAUCCAAAAACUCCCAUUAGCAUUGUUGAGUGAUGUAUCCUUUAUUAAAUACUCUCCAGUAAAAUUCAAACUGCAUAAAUGAGUGAUGAGAGAAUUUGGGGGACGUUGGGCAAUAUUGAGGGCAUGAAUUUUAUGAGGCUUUUGCUAAACUAAUAAACCGCGAAUGGUCAUAAAGUUUAACGUACUGUCUCUCAUCGGAGAACCCUGUCAGUAGAGGGAGAGGAAAGGAAUGUGCCUUUUUGACCUUUGACCCUGUGACCUUCUGGGUGGUCCCGGGCCCUCGCUGUUCCCGACGGGACACGCUAUUGGACGGUGCAACGUGGGGGAAAUUAAACUCUCGUGUUUUGGUUCUUGCCGACAGGAACGUUCUGGCAAUAUGCGCAGUUAGAAAUGCCCGUUCUGCAGCUGUGGGGGGGAUGAGUUGGAUGGUGAAGGCUGCAGUUUGUCCUUAGCUGGCAUUCCUUACCGCCCCCCCCCCCCCCUCCACCCCACACCCCCCUCCCCCCUCCCGCCCAUACUUUUUGGAAACCUCAGCAGACACCGGCAGCCACAGACCGGUACAGGCCCCCAGGCUGUUUCAUUUCAUAACUGUGAAAACAGCCGUCUGUCUCCUGGACACAUAACUUCACAGGGCCUCAAAUGAAAACAUAUCAGGACGCAAAAUGGCGGCCUUGUGUCCUAUGAAAGCAACCACACCCCAGGCCCCCAAACAAAACAAAAAAAAAACUGUCCUCUUUUCAGCACUUUGUCACGCUCUGCUUUUCCCGCCCCUGUCUCGAUUCCCCUCCCCCGCUCCAGUACAGGGCACGUCCAGUCAAUUAAAAAACAAAUCCUCAUGUAGCACGUUGAUCACAAUACACUUCACUUCACGGCUGACGGCAGCCGAAAAACCCACACAAAAGCAAGCCUAGGGGCGGCGGUGGCUGGGAAAAACUCCCUGGAUGCCGUGUAGGAAUAAACCUUGAGAAGGACUAGACUCAACAAGGGGCAGUCCGUCCUUCUCUUACCGGGUCCUGGUGUGGGUUUGUGUUGCCCGACGUGGUCAGGUCAAAAAAAAGCCCAACUCACUGGAUGACUGGUUGUGGUUCGACAGAUAAAGGAGGUGGUCCUGACCAGGGAGGAAGGGACUUCCCCCACCUGUGGGAGGUGGAUAACAGAACAAGACAAACAAAAACAGGGCUGAACUGCUGAAAAGAGGGACUUGAAUGCUUUUGUCUGAUUCUCAUUGCAGCAUACUGGAGUGGAGUUAUUACCCAGCUACUGUAUGACAACGGCAGGAAAUCUCAAUACAGUGUCAUUAUCGUUAGGCCACAGGCCUCAAGUUUGGUCUACCUAGACUCACCUGUCAUUCUGCAAAUGUGAUUGGCAAGGUGCCUGUUUUGCAUCACAUAGCAAAUCUUCUUUGACCCGAUGGGUUAUUUAUUGAAUUAACACUGCCUGUGGCUUAGGGUCAAAUGCUCUCCAUUCUCUGAGUCGGGAUCCACUCCAGGUUUCUUUCUGGCCACUGUCACUCUUGGCUUGCUUUUGGAAGCCUAGACCAAAAAUCUGUCUGUAAAGUGUUUUUUUGAGACCUUUAUGAAAUUUGCUAUACAAAUAAAACUAAAUUGAACUGAA